AUUGGUCAGCAUACAGCGCCAUGAGCCGGAGGCAUCACAUCCGUGUUGGGCAAUGAUUUUCAUGUUUAUUACACUGUGAAGACUCUUACAUUUUGUCCUUUAAGGGUUUUCUUGUUGAUAUUUGACGUACGAUCAGGCCGAGUCACAGCUGCCCUGUUUUCCAGAGUUCAAGAGAGAAUAACAAGAUGAGGGGAAAAAAAGAUUGAAGUUGCUCAGAGGAAGUAAAAAAAGAGAAGUUGAAGCUGUAACUCUCUAUUUAGAGUGUUUGAGAGUAAAGGGUGUGUGAACGAGAGAGAGCACGAAGUGAGAUCCGUCACUUCAGAAGGAUUAAAAUGUCUUUAUCUGUGAUACUGAUGCUUCUGUUUACAGCUGUAACUGGAGAUGAUACCGCCUCCCUCACAGUCAGACUUGGACAUGAUGUCACUUUGCCAUGUAGAAAUGUGAUUAAAGAUCAGCAGAAAUGUGACAGUACUUCUUGGCUUUUCAGUCGUUAUAGUGGGAGCACAGAAGUAGAGCUGGUUACACUCGGGAAUAUAAGUAAAAAUGAGAAAGCUAAAGCUAAAGCUAAGAGGCUAAAUGUUUCAGAGGAUUGUUCUCUGGUUAUUAAAAGUGUCACACAUGACGAUGUCGGUCGUUACACCUGCAGACAGAUCAGAUCAGGAGAACAAGUUUCAGAAGCUCGUGUGUUGCUGAAUGUUAUUAACAGUACCUCGGACGAUGCCUACAGGUUUUACUGCGUUGUGUUCAGAUUUGGAGUCUGUGCCCACACAGUGCAGUGGUAUUAUAAGGGUGAUGAGACAGAUAUAUCAGAACACCAACAGGUCGACUGUACAGCUAUUGUGUCAUUUAAAACUCCUCAUGUUGUUCAGAAGUCAAACUUUAAUGAGUUGCUGUAUUGUAAAGUAACAGACAAUAAGAGUGGACAAACACUGCUGUGUAAUGCCUUCUCUAAGUCCUCCUGUGAGAAAACAGACACAACAGGAAGCACAUCAGCAGGAGGAGAUGAAAUGAAAGAGGGCGACAAACCAAAUUGGUUGCCAUAUGUGAUUGUAGCUGCUGGUUUAGCAGCCUUCUUAAUCAUCUUAAUAGUUGUUGUGGCAUUCAUCAGACGGAAGAGAACUAAAGGCAACAAAACACAGACGGACAAAAACAUUGCGGAGCAUGAAGAUAUUGUUGCCUACGCCUCCAUCAGCUACACCAAGAAGGGCAACAGUAGAGCUCAGAAGAGUCGUAAAAGAAGUGAAUGUUUAGUCACUUGGUCUGAACAGUCAGACGGACGGAGAGGACAACACGAGAGGAUGGAUCAAGUUCUUCUAAGCAUCAUCGCUGUAUCAGGACUGUGUGCCCUUUAUACACAUGCUGGACGUCAGUAUCAUUUUGUGUAUGAGGCAAAGAACAUGACUGAAGCUCUGAGCUACUGCAGAGACAAAUACACCGACCUGGCCUCCAUCGACAACAUGGAGGACGUGGAGCUGCUGAACACAGAGGCAGAUUCAAACAGAAUGGUUUACUCAGAAUACAGCCAUCGGGUGUGGAUAGGUUUGUACGACGACGUGGAGAGCUGGAGGUGGUCACUGUCAGACAGAAGUUUCUACAAACCUGGAGAGAGCACGUUCAGACACUGGUCAUCUCGAGAACCCAACAAUGUGCACAGUGUAGAGCACUGUGGACAGAUGUACAGUAAUGGACUCUGGAACGAUGUACCAUGUGAGAGACUUUACAAGCCAGUCUGCAGUGAUGUCACAGGGUCGAAUGUGACCUUUGUCCUCAUCAACACCAACAUGUCAUGGACUGAGGCCCAGAGCUACUGCAGAGAACAUCACACUGACCUGGCCAGUGUGAGGAACCUGGACGAGAACCAGAAGAUAAAGGAGCUGAUCUCAGGACUUACGGUUUGGAUCGGCCUCUCCAGAGAGACCUGGAAGUGGACGGAUGGACGUAAUUCUUCGUUUAGGUUCUGGAAAAAGAAUCCGCCUGAACCCAAUAACAACUAUGAAAAAGAGACAUGUGUGGCUGCUUAUUUUGAAGACUCUGGCAGAUGGGAGGACUGGCCCUGUCACUACAAGAGAGCAUCCAUCUGCUACAGAGACGCUGCAGUUUCACAACGAGUGGUCAAAGUGAGGCUGGUGAAGAGAAGCUCUCUCUCUCAAACAGAAGCUGAAGGAUCAGGGCUGAAAGAAGAAGACGUCAAACUGAGCUGGAGGAAGCAGGCGGACGGGAAGUCUGCAGCCUCUUCCAGACCUCUGCAGCCCCUUCCAGUCCGCUGCAGCCUCUUCCAGUCCUCUGCAGCCCCUUCCAGUCCUCUGCAGCCCCUUCCAGUCCGCUGCAGCCCCUUCCAGUCCUCUGCAGCCCCCUCCAGUCAGCUGCAGCCCCUUCCAGUCCGCUCAUCCCCAUCCAGUCCGCGCAUCCCCUUCCAGUCUGCUGCAGCCUCUUCUAGUCCGCUCAUCCCCAUCCAGUCCGCUGCAGCCUCUUCCAGUCAGCUGCAGCCUCUUCCAGUCUGCUGCAGCCUCUUCCAGUCCGCUGCAGCCCCUUCCAGUCCUCUGCAGCCCCUUCCAGUCCGCUCAUCUCCUUCCAGUCCGCUGCAGCCCCUUCCAGUCUGCUGCAGCCUCUUCCAGUCCGCUGCAGCCCCUUCCAGUCCUCUGCAGCCCCUUCCAGUCCGCUCAUCUCCUUCCAGUCCGCUGCAGCCCCUUCCAGUCUGCUCAUCCCCUUCCAGUCCGCUGCAGCCCCUUCCAGUCCUCUGCAGCCCUUCCAGUCCUCUGCAGCCCCUUCCAGUCCGCUCAUCCCCUUCCAGUCCGCUGCAGCCUCUUCCAGUCAGCUGCAGCCUCUUCCAGUCAGCUGCAGCCUCUUCCAGUCUGCUGCAGCCUCUUCCAGUCAGCUGCAGCCCCUUCCAGUCCGCUCAUCCCCUUCCAGUCUGCUGCAGGCCCUUCCAGUCCGUUCAUCCCCUUCCAGUCCGCUGCAGCCUCUUCCAGUCAGCUGCAGCCUCUUCCAGUCUGCUGCAGCCUCUUCCAGUCUGCUGCAGCCUCUUCCAGUCAGCUGCAGCCCCUUCCAGUCCGCUGCAGCCCCUUCCAGUCCGCUGCAGCCUCUUCCAGUCUGCUGCAGCCUCUUCCAGUCAGCUGCAGCCCCUUCCAGUCCGCUGCAGCCUCUUCCAGUCUGCUGCAGACCCUUCCAGUCUGCUGCAGCCUCUUCCAGUCAGCUGCAGCCUCUUCCAGUCUGCUGCAGACCCUUCCAGUCUGCUGCAGGCCCUUCCAGUCUGCUGCAGCCCCUUCCAGUCUGCUGCAGCCUCUUCCAGUCUGCUGCAGCCCCUUCCAGUCUGCUGCAGCCCCUUCCAGUCAGCUGCAGCCUCUUCCAGUGAGCUGCAGCCUCUUCCAGUCAGCUGCAGCCCCUUCCAGUCUGCUGCAGCCUCUUCCAGUCAGCUGCAGCCUCUUCCAGUCAGCUGCAGCCCCUUCCAGUCAGCUGCAGCCCCUUCCAUUAAAACAGAAAUAAAAACGACCUCAGCUCUCAGUCAGGCUGAACGCUGCGUUUGGAUGUGCAGCUCAUUUUCCACAGGAGGAAGUGAAGGAUGUGCGUACGACCUUGAACACAAAACAUUGGAACGCACCAAACGAGUCGAAGCUGCGACGGUGAAGUCUCCUCAGAGAGUUCCUGAGACUCAUGAAGACUACAGGAGGAUCAGAACCUCAGGGGAAAAGAUCCCGACGACGUCUCAAACAGAAGACACCAGUCUGAAGAUGGACGCUCUUCUUCUUCUGCUCUUCACCGUCGCUGCUUCAGGACUGUGUGCAGAGUCACCACAAGUGAAACGACGGUACUUUUUUAAUUAUGACCACAAGACCCAAGAUGAAGCCCGGGCCUUCUGCAGAGACAAACACACAGACCUGGCCACCAUAACCAGCAUGGAGGACGUGGACACCCUGAGUGGCAUGGCCGAUCUAAGCCAAAUGUGGCAGAUUGUCGACGGCAAUCGAGCCUGGAUUGGUCUGUACGACGACGUGGACAGCUGGAGCUGGUCACUGUCAGACCCGAGUUUCUACGACGAUGGAGAGGCCGAGUUCAGACAGUGGGCAGGAGGAAUGCCUGACAACAUAGGAAGUAGAGAACACUGCACAACCAUGUAUUUUGACGGGUUAUGGAACGAUGUGCAUUGCAUGGAUAACCUUAAGUCAGUCUGCUGCGACGCCACAGGGUCGAAUGUGACCUUUGUCCUCAUCUCCACCGACAUGUCAUGGACUGAGGCCCAGAGCUACUGCAGAGAACACCACACAGACCUGGCCAGUGUGAGAAACCUGGACGAGAACCAGAAGAUAAAGGAGCUGAUCCCUUUUCUACAGUCAGUCUGGAUCGGCCUCUCCAGAGAGACCUGGAAGUGGUUGGAUGGCAGUAACUCCUCGUUUAGGUACUGGAACCUGGGCUUCUCAGAUCCUAAUAACCUCUUUUCAAAGGAGGCUUGUGUGUCCGCAGACUUUGGCAACUUUGGGAAAUGGGAGGACUGGCCCUGUGGCUAUAAGAGAUCAUACAUCUGCUACACUGCAGGGAUCACUCAACAGGUGAUCAGAGUGAGUGUGCAGAAGAAGAAGAACCCCUCUGUGGAUCUGAACCACUCUGCUGUGAUGGAACACAUCCUGCAGCAGCUCCGACAGAAGCUGAGGGACGAGGGGCUGCAUGAAAACAUCCGACUGAGCUGGAGGAGGCAGCCGGGUGGAAACGUCUUCCAGAAGGAGGAGAGCGAGGAGAAGAAGGAAACGCCCGAAUGUUGAAAAGACUUUGUUUGUUUUUCUCUUUUUGUGAAGUGAGAUAGAGCGUUGAUAAGAUCCAGCUGUUUGUUGAUUAUUUAGUCCUUUUAACCAUUUUCAAUAUAAAAAUCAGUUUCUGUAUUUAUUUAAAGCUUUGAUUUGUCACUGCGCUGAUAUAAACUUACUUCCAGUCGGUCGAGGAAAGCGUAGCACACAUUUUUCACUUAACAGUUACAACAUGUUUAAAGCUCCAUCUCGGUCCUCAUGUUGACCUUUGACCUCAUGUUCACCUCUCAUGUCAUCAGUCUCUGAAACCUUCAGAGCAGCUUUAAAUUAUCUGAUUGGUCUUAAAUACCGGAGUCAGUAAAAACCCUCAGCUUGGACCUCCAGCAUUGUGGAGUGCAAUGGAACACAUCUUACAUCAGGUCAGUCAUGUUUGACCUUUUAGAGAUUUCAUGCAGAAAUAACCAAAUGACUCUCAGAAGAAAAUGUAAAUGUAAAAUCAAAUUGAAAUGUACCUCGUUGAGGAUAAAUUCAAAUGACAGCAGCACAGGAAACAGUGUGAAGAGAAGGUGAGAAAUGAUUUAAUAUUCUUUGAUUCUUUAACAACGACACAACUGGACAGUUUAGGAAGCAGAUAAAAGACUGCAGAGCUGUUUAAUGGACAGUUAGGAAGUUGCCUUCAGAGACACUUCAGACUUUGUUUUGUCUUUUAUUGACUUUAAUCAACUUGAUUUCAAAUGUUCUGUUUUGGUUGUUUGAAUUGUUACAUCUUUCAUUUAUACAACACUUAGUAAUGAAUUAAGACUGAAUAUAUAAAUAUAAAAGCAUUAUUAUAUUGAGCCUUUAUUAUUACUGUAAAUAUGAAACUGAUCACUAACCUCUCUGUGUGAAGUAAAAGAAGAAGCCCAACCUGCUAAAACACAAAUAAAAAACACUCUUUAGAAAAGAAAGCUUUUCCAU